AUGCCGCGCCGUCACCCUGCUCAGGUUGUUGCUGCCGGUGUCGGCGUCGCGCUGUUGGCGGCUGUCGCCUCGUCGCGCUGUUGGCGGCUGUCGCCUCGUCCGCCGGAGGAGGUUGGGACUCGGUGGUGGGCUCCGUCGGGGGGACCUUCGUCUUCAGCGUCAUCUUCAUCCCCUGCAGGGCCUUCAUCCUUAGCAUCAUCCUCCUCACCGCCCUCCUCUUCAGGGUCUCCAUCUUCCUCAUCGUCUUCCUCCCCCUCACCAUCAUCUUCCUCCUCAGGGGCUCCAUCUUGCCCUCGCUGUCACCUGCCUGGCGUUGCCUUCCUCCUCGGGGCCACCAUCUUCCUCCUCACCACCCCCCUCGGGUUCUUCCUCCUCCCCCUUGGGGCCUCCAUCUUCAUCCCCAGGCCCUCCAUCCUCCUCCUCCUCACUGUCUUCCUCUUUGGGUUCUCCAUCCUCUUCCUCCUCAGGAGCUCCAUCUUCAUCCCAGGCCCUCCAUCCUCUUCCUCCUCACUGUCUUCCUCUUCGGGUUCUCCAUCCUCCUUCCUCUUCAGGCCCUCCAUCUUCAUCCCAGGCCCUCCAUCCUCUUCCUCGUCACCACCUUCUUCCUCCUCGGGUUCUUCAUCCUCUUCCUCCCUCAACACCGCCCCGCUCCUACUCAGUGUCACCUCCACCCUCUUCCUCAGCGCCUCCAUCAUCCCCUUCCUCUUCCUCAGCACCUUCAUCUUCCUCCUCGGGGCCACCGCCUUCCUCCCCACCACCCUCCUCCUCUUCCUCGGGUUCUGCAUCCUCCUCCUUGGGCUCUUCAUCCUCGCCGGGGCCUCCGUCUUCCCCCUCCCCACCCUCCUCCUCCUCGGGCCUCCCGUCUUCCUCCUUCCUCCCUCCAUCCUCUUCCUCUUUGCGUUCGUCGCCCUCUUCCUUCUCCCCUCCCCCCCCGACACACGCCGGCGGGUGACAGCAGGGACAGUCGGAGCGGUGCGACGGUUGGGCGUCACGGCGGGGGUUGUAGAAAUCUACAAGCGGAAGACAGAAGACACCCGUAGGGACAACCCCUGUAGGACCACCGCCCGUAGGACCAGGGACAGUCGGAGCGGUGUGACAGUCGGGUGUUGUGUGUGGGGUUGUUGAUGUCUACGAGGGGAAGACACGCAACACCCGUAGGACCACCGCCCGUAGGAACACCACCCGUAGGACCACUGCCUGUAGGACCAAGGACAGGUGGAGCGGUGUGACAGUCGGGUGUUGUGUGUGGGGUUGUUGAUGUCUACAAGGGGAAGACACACAACACCCGUAGGACCACCACCUGUAGGAACACCGCCUGUAGGACCAGGGACAGUCGGAGCGGUGUGACAGUCGGGUGUUGUGUGUAUGGGGUUGUUGAUGUCUACAAGGGGAAGACACGCAACACCCGUAGGACCACCGCCCAUAGGGUGAACAACACCCACAGGGGGAACAGUCGGAACGGUGCGAUGGUUCGGUGUCGUGGUGGGGGUUGUUGAAAUCUACAGGGAGAAGACACCACACACCCAUAGGACCACCACUGCCUGUAGGAACACCACCCGUAGGAUGACCACCACCCAUAGGGUGACCGCCGCCGCCUGUAGGACCACCACCCGUAGGAUGACCAUGGCCACCUGGAGGACCACCACCCAUAGGAUGACCGCUGCCUGUAGGACCACCACCUGUAGGGUGAUCACUGCCGCCUGAUAGGACCACCACCCGUAGGAUGACCACUGCUGCCUGUAGGACCACCACCCGUAGGAUGACUACGGCCACCUGUAGGACCACCCCCCGUAGGAUGACCACCGCUGCCUGGAGGACCACCACCCGUAGGAUGACCACCACCUGUAGGGUGACCAUGGCUGCCUGUAGGACCACCACCCGUAGGAGGACCACCACCCGUAGGAGGACCACCACCCGUAGGAGGACCACCACCCGUAGGAGGACCACCGCCGCCUGUAGGACCACCCCCCGUAGGAUGACCACCACCCGUAGGGUGAUCACUGCCGCCUGUAGGACCACCACCCGUAGGAUGACUACAGCCACCUGUAGGACCACCCCCUGUAGGAUGACCACCCCCCGUAGGAUGACCACCGCUGCCUGGAGGACCACCACCCAUAGGAUGACCACCACCCGUAGGGUGACCAUGGCUGCCUGUAGGACCACCCCCCGUAGGAUGACCACCCCCCGUAGGAGGACCACCCCCCGUAGGAGGACCACCCCCCGUAGGAGGACCACCCCCCGUAGGAGGACCACCGCCGCCUGGAGGACCACCACCCGUAGGAUGACUACAGCCACCUGUAGGACCACCCCCCGUAGGAUGACCACCACCCGUAGGGGGACCACCACCCGUAGGGGGACCACCACCCGUAGGGGGACCACCACCCGUAGGGGGACCACCACCCGUAGGGGGACCACCACCGCCUGUAGGACCACCACCCGUAGGGUGAUCAC